GCUGGCUCGCACCUCGCUGGUCCCAGCAGCCCGCUCUCUCUUCGCCAGCCCACACCGGCGCCGGACCCUGCCGCAAACCUCCCCGCGCUUCAGACAGCCAGCCAGGUUCUCCUCGAAAAGCUUAACAGAGAUGCCCAGACCAUCCCUGACCUCGGGGAGAUGCUGCUCAGCCCCGGCACUCCAUCCUCCGCGUCGUACAGCGUGUUCCCGGACGACUACCGCGUGCCAUUCCAGAAGCGGAGGCUUGCAGGCAUUCCGGAAGGGCUGUUCCAAUACUACAAUUCCACCCAUGUAACGUCACAUAUGGGGCUCCUGCCCGAACUGGAGCGCGCAUGGAUCACGAUUGACCACCAGCUGUUCCUAUGGGACUACGUCGAGGGUGAGACCAUCAUGACCUACAACGAGCAGCCCGACAACAUCACUUCCGUGGCUAUUGUCAAACCGCGGCCCGGCGUGUUCAUUGACGACAUCGUCUACGUCCUCGUCAUCUGCACACCCAUAACGGUGCUGCUCAUCGGCGUAUCUUGCACAACCGGCAGACUGCCCAACGACAGACCUCACAAGGAAAUACAGCUCUACGCCACGGAGAUGUCCAUCACGACGGAGGUGGAGAUGACUUGUGUCGCUGGGAUGGCCGAUGGCCGCAUCUUUCUCGCCGGUGCACAAGACGGAAACCUGUACGAGUUGCACUAUCAAGAGAAGGAGGGGUGGUUUGGCAAACGCGUUCAGCUCAUCAACCAUUCAGUAGGUGGCGUGCACAGUCUGCUACCCAAGUUUGCUUCGUCUGCUUCCGAUGCAGAUCGCAUCGCCUCACUCAUCCCCGACCCCGCGCGCGGCCUCUUGUACGCGUUAAGCGCCCGAAAUGUCAUUUCAGUAUACAAACCGACCGGACCCAAGUCUGUCGAGCACGUGCAGACCUUGAACAAUCUCUACAAGGCUGCCCAAGACAAGGCUCCCGGUGCGCCGGCGUUAACACCCAAAAACUUCCAGAUCAUAGCCCUUCACGUGGUUGAACCGAACGAAUCCAGGGCCGGCGUCCAGCUCGUAGCCAUCACCUCCACUGGCGUCCGUCUCUACUUCCUGCCCACGGCUGCUAGCUCGGGGUAUUAUAGCGGACUGGGGUCGGGCUCGGCCGGAGGUCGCCAUCUUCAGCUCGUUCACGUCCGACUUCCACCACCCAAUCUCCUUCAUCCCGACGAACAAUCGGCGCCGCUCAGGACUUCUGUACUAGGGUAUGGCGCCGGCCAAUCUGCGGCUCCCUCAAGACCGUACACCGUGUCCGGGCUUGAGAGCUCAUGCUACGAUGCUGGCCUCCUGGUUGCCGCACAGAAAGGCGAUACAGACGGCGCCGACUUUUUGCUCUGCACAUCACCGGAUCUGACACGUGUUGGUUCUUUGGGUCAAAUUCGGCCUCCCGGGGAACCCCAGCGUUUCAAUCCAUCGCAACCUACAUACAACAACUCAUACGGUGGUGGCCCUCCUAGACCGCCUCUGACGGAAUACGCUACCCUGAUCGUGGUUCCAGGGAACACAUGGGCCAUGGCAGCCGUUCCAAGGUCGUCGAAUGUAUCGGCGCCACCCAACACUCCAUCUCCCGGUGUCAUCAACGAAUUGGCACUACAAUUUUCAGAAACCACGAAGCAAUUUAUGGUCCUGACUAACGUAGGGCUGACUUUCCUCGCCAAGCGUCGCCCAAUGGAUUACCUCCGGGACGUCAUCGAGGAAGUCCACGCAGAAGGAAACGUUCAAUCGAUCAUUGAGUUCAGAGAUAGCUUCGGACGAGAUCAGACGUGCGCUAUGUUACUCGGUCUAGCGAGCGGAAAUACGUUCCUCGACACAGGAGAACUCCAAAACUCGGGGACACUGGCGACAGUGAGUCCCGAUUUGGCUGCCGUGGCGAAACAGGCCUUCUACGACUUUGGUGAGAGACCGAUAUGGGCGGAAAGAAUGACAUACGGGACGGGUGACGGCUCCGGUACGGCAAUCUUCAGCGGCCGAAGAGAAGGCUUGGCCCUCUAUCUUGCGCGAUUGGUCCGUCCGAUAUGGAAAGCCAAGUUGGUGUCGAUUGGUGCGCUGGGCCUGCGGCAGCUCAAUGUUGACGAGAAUCUACUCGUUACUAUCCAAAAAAAUCUUUUCGCCUUGAAGACUUUCCUCGAUAAGAACCCGCAGCUAUUCCACUCCACCCCGGGAGAUCAAUCUGGCGCGAGGUCGGCUGGCAGUAAUGAACAAGAAGCGUGGCGGGUGGAACAAGAAUCCGUUUCGUCACUUAUCGCCCUCUUAUCGCGGGCCGUAGAGGCGAUCUCCUUUGUAUUACUCCUCAACGACUAUCGUUUGGGAGAAUUAGUCGCUCAAUGUGCACAAGAUGUACAGAAAUUGGUUGAUUCCCUCACUUUCGAAGAGCUGGUAACUGGUCAAAACGGUGUUGCCGUAUCUAGGGCUCUCGUCAAUGUUGUUAUUGAUCAACAGAUCGGUCAACAAAUCGGUGUUGACACCAUUAGUGAAGUACUCCAACAACGAUGCGGCACUUUCUGCAGUACAGACGAUGUCAUGAUUUACAAGGCGAAGGAAGAUGUCCGGCGAGCUGUUGAGGCCCGAAACCCCACCGAACGUCAUGACUGGCUUGCGGAGUCGCUGAGCUUGUUUGUGAAAGGCGCGCGAUUGCUCGACUCAGAGAAAUUGAAGGAAGUCGUGAAGGAGUAUCAGCAACUAAGUUACACGAAAGGGGCCGUCGAAUUACCGCUAUACUGCGCAAAAGCCAUGGAUCCGAAAUCUCAAGGACGGGAGUACUGGCACGCAGGCUGUCCUGAUAACGAUCCACGAAGGGAGGCUUGGGAAGAGCGGCGGCGUUGCUAUGACCUUGUAUUGGAGUCGCUGGAGAAGUUCGAGCAAGCCGUUACCCAGUCAAGUGCGACGUCAACGUCCGAACAAGCGGAGGCAGUACGAUCGCACGCAUACGAACUUGCGUUCCUCAGUGACGACGAAAUCUUCCACUCUACGCUCUAUGACUGGUUGAUAACGAAAGGCUUAGCUGACGAGCUCCUAGAGAUGCGACCAGCAUACCUUGAAGCCCACUUGCGGCGAGAGCCUGUAAGCGUGGAAAAGUUCCAGUUGCUCUGGCAGUUCUACGUCAAGGAUGGACAACCACUCCGUGCUGCUGAGGUCCUCGCUGCCCUUGCAGAAUCUACAGAAUUUGAUCUCCCCCUCGAAGCUCGUCUAGAGUAUCUUACGUUGGCAGUGGGUAACGCGAAGUCACAUCCAAUCUCGGCGGGGGGAAGACACGAGACCGCGAUAGCGUUCCUCACCGACCUGGAAGAGAAGCUUGAAGUCGCCCAGGUUCAGCUGGAGAUUUACAACGUCCUCUCCCCGCACAUCCACGAAGGCGGCGAAGUCACUGAACGGAUUACUGCUCUUUCCAAGAAGCUAUUCAAUAUUUCCGACCUUUAUCAAGAAUAUGCCGAACCAUUCGAUCUCCCUACCGCAAAGCUCUUGAUUCUCCACGUGUCAGGGCAUCGAGACACCAACUUGACGCAAACGAUAUGGAAUCAAAUAUUCGAGGAGGCCGCGGAGGAUGGGCCACCGGAUGUCGCUGCCGAUCGCAUCGUGUCCAAGACUACGCCCCUCGGGCAACGCUUUUACCCAUCCGAAAGCGCUUUCCCUCUUCGUCACGUUGCUUCUUUACUCGUGCGAUUCGUGUUGCGGCACAAAAAUGCGGUCCCCGAAGGUUGGGCGCCUCGCAUUCUCGUGCAAUGCGGCGUGCCUUACCCGGAGGUUUGGGACAUUUUCCAUGAGAUGUAUGAAUCCCAGAUUCCGCCCUUCAAUGAACAGGCGAAUGUGCAGAUAAUUUCCUCGGAUAUCGCGGUACUGCUCAGCGACUGGCUUGAGAACGCAAGACAGCCGACGUCCUCCACAUCAACGGAGAUACCAGUCAGCAGGAUGGACAUGGCCAUCGAUCAAUACAUGUCGGAACUCGAACCAGGCCGAACUGAAACAAGAACUUUAUACGAAAAUGUCAAACGUCAAUUACGACGCAAUUGGUAGUUGUCGAUCAUGAGGAUCAUAUCGCUGUAAACCAUAUGCUGUAUCUUAAUAUUGCACGUCGAGUCAACAUCAUAGGCUUCUC